AAAUAAAUAAAGAGAAGUCUGGUAGACUCUGGAAGAACCGUACUUCUUUUGUUACUUCUUCCACCGUCUCGCGCUGCCAUGGUUGCUCCACCGAUUGCACAGGCGAGGAGUUCUUGACUUCCAAGUAGGCGCGCACGGAAAUGUCAGUAACGCUGCACACCAAUCUCGGCGACAUCAAGUGCGAGAUCGCCUGCGACGAGGUUCCCAAAACGUCCGAGAAUUUUUUGGCACUAUGUGCAAGUGGUUACUAUGAUGGGACCAUAUUUCACCGAAAUAUCAAAGGUUUUAUGAUCCAAGGAGGAGACCCAACUGGUACAGGCAAAGGUGGGACCAGUAUAUGGGGAAAAAAAUUCAAUGAUGAAAUAAGAGAGUCUCUCAAGCAUAAUGCAAGGGGGAUGCUAUCAAUGGCCAAUAGUGGGCCCAAUACUAAUGGAAGCCAGUUCUUCAUAAGUUAUGCGAAGCAGCCACAUUUGAAUGGUUUGUACACUGUGUUUGGCAAAGUGAUUCAUGGGUUUGAAGUCCUUGAUCUCAUGGAGAAGACUCCAACUGGACCAGGAGAUCGACCUCUUGCAGAGAUCAGGAUCAAUCGUGUGACGAUACAUGCUAAUCCCCUUGCUGGCUAGAAGUGAAAUUAUUAGGGAGUCGUUUUAAUGUGUCUAUUUGUGCUUACAGCAUUUAAUGUCUCUCUUAUCAUAACUUUUAACUUUUUUCCAUUUACACAUAGGAUUUGAACAGAUAUUAAAAAACAAAUGCUGUUCUUACCUUCAGAAUUCUGUAUAGUGCAUUCUGGUGACUCUGCAUCACUUCUAUAACCUGGUAAAAAUUUGUUGGCCCCAUGAACAUUCCUUCCCAUACAGUGCAGCUUCGCUCCGACUCUUACUACCUGAUAUUUGUAUGGAUGGUGAAUUUACUGCUCGGGUUUCUGCUGGGGAUCACAUGGAAAUGAAAUCAUCUUUUUAUGCUUUUGUUUU